GUACGUAUCCUGUUCGUAGCAACGCAUCUGGUGAGAGUGGCGGGGUUUAAAACGCUGUUUGCCCAAUCCCCGGGAAGAACGGUUCGCCCAUUUCGUUCUCGAGCAGGAGGGGGGGAGUGUCUCUUGAGACUUGUCCUUGAAAUUCUUGGAUUCCUUCGGGGCGCCUUGGGGGAGAGGGAGGGGGUGGUAAAGGGGGGUGUCAGGAUGUCUGGGUGUGGCUCCUAG